AUGUUUGGAGUAAACAAAGUCACAAUUGUUGCCCUUAUUAUGGUGUUAUGCAUUUUACUUCAAUUCAACAUUUCAAAUGCAGCUACAUUUCCUGCUGGUGAUGCUAAUGGUUGGGGUUUUGGUAUGAAUGGAUGGCCUAAUGGCAAGACUUUCACGGCUGGCGAUGUUAUUGAAUUUAAAUAUCAAGUUGGACUGCACAAUGUGGUAAAAGUGAGUCAGGACCAAUAUGACUCUUGCAAAUAUACUGGAGGACAAGUUUUUAAUUCAGGAGACGACAAAAUAACACUUGAAAAGGGGACAUCAUAUUUCAUUUGUACCAUCGGACCACAUUGUUCUAAUGGUGUUAAGGCUGCUAUUACAGCUAAUUAG